AUGGAGGCGAUCUACAAGUCGUUAACAAAGGAGGUGGAGAAGUUGCAGGAAGUUGAGGCCAACAUUCAGAAGCGCUUGCAAGCCUUUCAGCAGUUGGCUGGGCAGUUGUCGGAGAACGAAAAUGUGGACAAGGACUUGGAGGAACUGACGGAAGACAACAAGGUCUAUAAACUCAUUGGACCUGUUCUUGUCGAACAAAGCCUCGAAGAGGCGCGUGACACCGUCAAGAAGCGUCUUAAGUACAUUCAGGAUGAAAUGAAGAGGAACGACGGUAUGAUGAAGUCGAUGGAGAAGCAACGUGAUGCCCAUCGCGAGCAAAUAGCCAAGCUGCAGCAGCGUUUUCAACAAGAACAAACCAAGGCUGCGCUGAAAGCCUGA